UCAGAGCACAGAGUGCAGAGUGCAGGGCAAGAAAAGCAUCAUAUUCUUUGAGACAAAAAUAUGAAGUCUCCAGGAAGGGAGAAGCAUACCAGUCAUGAAAAGGACCUUUCUGCAGCUCUUUACUUCAUCAAGGGACCAUGAGUGUGGGGCUGAGUAAUGGGAAAUGUUGUUCGGGGAGCUGUGGCCUUCAUUCCAUCAGACAGAUGUGAACGGUUCUUGGUGGGGGACUUGAAGGAGAUGCCACAUGAUUGCACAUUGGACCUGACUAGUCGUCAUCUUCAUCGCUUUCCCCUUAGAGUAUGUGCCUUCAGUGACCUUGUUAAACUUUAUCUGAGUAAUAACCACUUGACCAAUUUGCCUCCUGAGCUUAUUAAUUUGCAAAAACUUCAAAUUCUGGCUCUGGACUUUAACUGUUUUGUGGAACUGGAUUUGGUUGUUUGUAGUCUUCGGCAACUUAACACCCUUUACCUUGGGAAUAAUCAACUUCACAAACUGCCAAGAGAGCUGGCUCAGCUCACUAAACUAAAGACAUUAUGGCUAGACAACAACUGCUUUACAAAAUUCCCAUCAGUAGUAUGCAUGCUUUCUGACCUUAGGACUCUUCAUCUGGAUUAUAAUCAGUUUCGUAACUUGCCUGGUGAGCUGGCUAGGUUAAACGAGCUGCGAUGUAUUUGGUUAUCAAGCAACAUCCUGAAUAAAUUUCCACCAGUUCUCCUGGAAAUGCAUGGUUUGGAAGUGAUCGAUGUAGACAGGAACCACAUACAACAAUUCCCAACACUUAUUCACUUAACAGGGCUUAAGAUUAUCAUCUAUGACCACAAUCCAUGUGUUAAUGCACCUAUAGUAGGAGAAGGUGUAAAGCGUGUGGGCCGCUGGGCUGUUAGUGUUGAUGAUGGGGAUGAUGAAGUUGAAAGAAAGACAGCUGAAGUGUCCAUAGAAGAAAAAACAGCUGAGGUGUCCAUAGAGGUGAGAGAACAGCUGGCAGAAAACAAGUGACAAAAACUGUACAACUAAAAUUAUGUGAAUUAUGAAUAAUGUAUUGAAUGUAGCAAAACAGUGAACAGUAAUACUAAUAUAUAUUCCUUAGAUGAAGGUGUAAAAUAGAAACCUAAAUAUAAAAAAUGGUUUGAAAAAAAGUUUUCUCUCCAAUAAUGAAAUACAUAUUUUCAGGAUAACUUUGACUCUCACCCUAUGACAUAUAUAUUUUGUAUAGUAUACAAGAACAUUUCUGCUUUAUGAUGUCUUAAUUUAUGUAAAGGUUUAUUAUUUCUGUUUUAGGGAUCAUCUUGACUAAAAAUGUACAAGGUAUUAUUAAAAGGUAUUCCAAUGAUGAAUUGCUAAAUUCCAACAUUGUACCUCACCUCCUCAAUAAUGCAUGUGUGAAGUGACAGAUUUGGGUCUCCAGUUUAAUGUAAGACCUUUAAUAGCCUUUUAUCAUCAUUCUGUUAAUUAUCAAGCUGCUCCUGGUUGCUGGUGGUGUGUUGAAUAGGCUACUGUUUUCUGCAAAGAUCAACCCCAUUUUUAGCAAAUUUGUAUGCUGUUUUUGCCCUCCUUAACAGAAGUAGAUAUGUGUAUAAGUUCCACCAAUAAGCCAAAAUUUAACAAAAUGUUAUGUGCAUUUGGGAUUAUUGUCAGCAAAGUUUAUGAGAUUGUCACAGCUUCUGUAUGAAGUGUAUUGUUUUCAUAUGCACAGAAAUAGUACAA